CACGGUUGAACUUCCGAUUUUCGGGCGUACUCUCAUCAAGCCGUUCGUGCGUCCUGGAAUCGAGUCAAGGCCUUGCCCAGAUAACUUGGCAUAUGCCAGCAUGAAUCCAGUGGAAUGAAGCCGCACGGGAGUCGCGAGUCGAAUGAGCUGUGGCGAGAUACACGGCUGCAUUGCUGCGUCAGCUGUCUCUGACACCGUGGUUCGGGUCUUCGAUGACUUCCAUCUCCCACAUCGGUGUAACCAGAUUGACACGGAUGUGCGUUCCUGACUAGAGAAGGUACACCCAUGCCGUGGUCGAAUGCGACAACGUAUACUGUCAGUUGGCCGAAUAAUCGCACAGCUCCUCACAUUUUCACAGCUAUAUAAGAUGCAAGCUCGACGGGCUAUACUUCCUCAGGCGACUUUUCCGCUUCAGCCCCCUCCUCGGCAUCGGUCAUGUUUGUCCCCUUCGGCCUUAGUCUCCUGCUCGCCAGCAGCGUCAUUGCUGCACCGGCAGCUACCAGCGACUCUGCCGCCGUCUCCUCGUCGUCCGUGGCUUCCACUGUCGACUCUGCAGCACCGUCAUCAGCGUCUGCCUCUGCAAGCGCGGCAUCGGCAUCUCCGUCCUUGACAUUGUCCGCCUCCGUGUCGUCCUCUGCCUCGCCAUCGGCGUCGGCCCUGGAAGAGGAUGGCAGCAUAACACCAGUCUCCGUGACGGUUGACCCGGUGCCAACAGCGGCGAACGAUGUGGAGUGGGAUCCCUACGGUCCUGAGACUACAGUCGAGCCCGUCAGAGGUGGUCUUGGAGCCCCCUUCUCGGGCCCCACGAACCCGGAGAUCGACUUCCAGAACCCUGAUCUUCUCGCACCUCCGAACACCGACUUUGGUAGCGUCGGCUCAGGAAAAUGGUCUUUGUCGCUGAGCCCCACCCGCCUUCUCACCGGAGGCUGGGUGCGCUACGAGGACGAGCUUGUCAUGCCACUCGGCGAUGCGUAUCGCGACAUCGUUUCUCACGCUGCGUUCACAGAGAUGGCUGGCGCCAACAUUCACCUGGAGCCUGGCGCCAUUCGUGAGCUCCAUUGGCACAGUAUCGCAGAAUGGGUGUACGUGCUGGCGGGCGAGACGCAGAUCUCUGCAGUCGAUCAGAAGGGAAGGAACUACUUCGCGACUGCCAAAACCGGUGACUUGUGGUUCUUCCCUUCCGGCGUUGGUCACCAUCUGCAGGCCACCGGCGAUGGUCCGUCAGAAUUCGUGCUGAUCUUCAAGACCGGGCUCUUCGAUGCUGCGAAGACGUUCCACAUAACCGAUUGGGUCUCGCACAUCCCCUUCAGCGUCCUCCAGAAGAAUUUCGGCGUCCAGGGUACGGACGCGUUUUCAAAGGCGCCCUCGAAGCAGCUCUACAUCUUCCCCUCACAAGGCCCCCUCGGACGAGACAAUCGCUCCGGAGAGCCCACAGGGCGAGAUACCGGAUCCCCGUACGAGGAGUUCGCGGGCGGGAAGGUCAAGACGGUGGACGCGUCGACGUUCAAGGUCUCGAAGGACUUCUCCGCCGCGGAGGUCGUGCUCGAGCCGGGUGCGAUGCGCGAGCUACACUGGCACACGUCGGCGGACGAGUGGAGCUUCUUCAUCGAGGGCAACCUGCGCUACUCGGUGUUCACGGAAGUCGCGGCGCGCACGUACGACAUGUCCCCGGGCGACGUCGGCUACGCGCCCAUAAGCUCCGGCCACUAUAUUGAGAACAUCGGCAACACGACGGCGCGCUUCCUCGAGGUCAUUGACGCUCCUGAGUUCGAGGACAUUAGCCUCACGCAAUGGCUCGCCCUCACGCCUCCCGAGAUCGUCAAGGCGCACUUCGGCGUCGACGACGCGACAGUUGCGGGCUUGUCCAAGACGAAGAACCGGGUCGUCCAGGGUUGA